UUCUGGUCUGAAAUCUGCCAUUUCUGUACGGAUUUUUCGGGUAAGGACAGAGAGAAAGAAAUGGAGAAGAAUGGUUACAGGAGGACUCGAUCGAAGGCCGAACUGGCCGGAACGCUGCGCAAGUCAUGGUACCACUUGAGGCUGUCGGUGCGGCACCCGGCUAGGGUUCCGACGUGGGACGCCGUCGUGCUCACCGCCGCCAGCCCCGAACAAGCCCAGCUGUAUGAGUGGCAGCUCAACCGGGCCAAGCGCAUGGGUCGCAUUGCCCAAUCCACCGUCACCCUUGCCGUCCCCGACCCACACGGCCGGAGAAUUGGCUCCGGCGCCGCCACUCUCCACGCCAUUUUGGCUCUGGCCAAUCACUAUCGCCGGGAAGCAGAAGCAAGCCACAUGAAAUCUGAAGAUCAUCCACAUUCUUUAGUUGACUUGAUCUCCAAGAGACAUAUCUUGCUACUUCAUGCUGGAGGUGACUCUAAGAGGGUCCCGUGGGCGAAUCCCAUGGGAAAAGUGUUUCUACCCCUGCCGUAUUUGGCAUCGGAUGACAGUGACGGCCCAGUCCCCUUGCUUUUUGAUCACAUACUCGCAAUCGCUUCUUGUGCUCGACAAGCUUUCAAAAAUGAAGGUGGUAUACUUACAAUGACUGGUGAUGUUCUUCCUUGUUUUGAUGCAUCCAGUUUGGUACUUCCUGAGGAUGCACCCUGCAUCGUCACCGUUCCUAUCACCUUAGACAUUGCUUCCAACCAUGGAGUUAUUGUGGCAUCACGGACUGGGAUUUCCGAUGAGAGUGGGUUCGUUGACUUGGUGGAGAAUCUGCUUCAGAAACCAUGUGUAGAAGAGUUGAUCAAACAUGAGGCUGUUCUUGAUGAUGGAAGGACAUUGCUUGACACAGGAAUAAUUGCAGUUAGAGGUAAAGCGUGGGUGGAUUUUGUAACCCUUGCCUGUUCCUGUGAACCAAUGAUUUCUGAACUUAUGGAAAGAAAAAAAGAGAUGAGCUUGUAUGAAGACCUUGUAGCAGCUUGGGUACCCGCAAAGCAUGAUUGGUUACGAAGACGGGCUUUGGGUAGUGAGCUUGUCAACAGAUUGGGGAAACACAAGAUCUACAGCUAUUGUGCUUAUGAUCUUUUAUUUUUGCACUUUGGAACCUCAAGUGAAGUAUUGGACCAUAUGAGUGAAACGGGUUCCAAACUUGUUGGUCGAAGGCACCUUUGUUCCGUUCCAGCAACCACUGCCUCCGACAUUGCUUCCUCGGCUAUCAUUCUGUCAAGUAAAAUAGAACCGCGAGUCUCCAUCGGAGAGGAUUCCCUCAUAUACAAUUCCUCCAUCUCAAGCGGCAUUCAGAUUGGUUCUCAGUCCAUAGUUGUGGGUGUCAAUGUGCAAGUGGCUGACAAUAACACGGCACAAGAACCGUUCACCUUUAUGCUUCCUGACCGUCACUGCCUCUGGGAGGUUCCUCUGGUAGGGCGUGAAGAAAGGGUGAUUGUGUACUGUGGGCUCCAUGAUAACCCAAAGAUUCUGCUCUCUGAGGGUGGGACCUUCUGUGGGAAACCAUGGAGGAAUAUUUUAGAUGACUUAGGCAUUCAAGAGACGGACCUAUGGAGGGGCUCAGAAGAAUCUUGCGAUAGAUGCCUUUGGAAUGCCAAAUUGUUCCCUGUUCUUCCAUACUUUGAUAUGCUCAGUCUGGCGAAAUGGCUAAUGGGAUUGGGGAACUUUAAGAAUGAAGCCUCCCUUUAUUAUUCUUUGUGGAAGAAGUCACACCGAUUGAGUUUAGAAGAGUUGCACAGGUCAAUAGAUUUUACACACAUGUGUUUGGAUUCGAGUAAUCAUCAAGCAGAUAUAGCUGCUGGGAUUGUUAAAGCUUGCAUUAAUUUUGGGAUGGUUGGGAGGAACUUAUUUCAGCUGUGUGAUGAAAUAGUACAGAAGGGGGAAGCUUCUGGAGCUGAAGUUUGCGAGGGAUUUCUUGCACUAUGUCCUAAACUUUACACUCAACAUUCCCAACUCCUCCUACCCAGAAGCAGGGCAUAUCAAGUGAAUGUUGAUCUUCUAAGAGCAUGUAAUAAAGAAGAAAUGGCACUUGAACUGGAGCAGAAAGUAUGGGCUGCGGUCUCUGACGAAACAGCUUCUUCUGUGAGAUAUGGAUUUAAAGAAUCAAGGAACAUAUCAGAAUCCAGACUGCAGUAUAAUCCUACUGCUUAUAUUGAUGGCGGUGAUGUGAAUGACAAUCUGAAGGGUUCUUUCUGCUCCAAGAAAGUGAAGAUCGAACUACCGGUGCGUGUGGAUUUUGUUGGAGGUUGGAGCGAUACCCCUCCCUGGAGUCUAGAACGUGCCGGGUAUGUCUUGAAUAUGGCAAUAACUUUAGGAAGCUCACUUCCCAUUGGUACAACCAUUGAGACACAAAUGGAAACCGGCGUUCUCAUCAGGGACGAUAUGGGAAACCGCGUACUCAUUAGUGAUCUCUCUACCAUUUCACCUCCAUUCGAAAGCAGCGACCCGUUUCGUCUAGUGAAAUGUGCAUUGUUGGUCACCAAUGUUGUUGACCACAAGUGCCUCGAGUCAACGGGCUUGAAAAUCAGCACGUGGGCUCACGUCCCACGUGGUAGUGGCUUGGGGACUUCCAGCAUCUUAGCAGCGGCUGUUGUGAAGGCGAUUUUGCAAUUGAGUGGUGGAGAUGAUAGUAACGAAAACGUGACGAGGCUCGUUUUGGUAUUGGAACAGAUCAUGGGGACAGGAGGUGGGUGGCAGGACCAGAUUGGAGGGCUAUACCCUGGGAUAAAAUUCACUACUAGCUAUCCUGGAGUCCCGUUGCGUCUUCAAGUCAUCCCUCUUUUGAGUUCCCCACAGCUAAUCAAAGAGUUGCAAGAACGGCUCCUUGUCGUGUUCACUGGACAAGUCCGACUUGCUCACCGAGUCCUACAAAAAGUGGUCACCCGGUACCUCCAGAGGGACAAUCUUCUUAUAUCAAGCAUCAAGCGGCUGACAGAACUGGCAAAGGCAGGAAGGGAGGCUCUGAUGAACUGCAACAUCGACGAGCUAGGGGACAUAAUGGCAGAGGCUUGGAGGCUGCAUCAAGAGCUUGAUCCCUUCUGCAGUAAUGAGUAUGUUGACCGGCUUUUCGCCUUCUGUGACCCCUUCUGCCGUGGCUACAAGCUCGUGGGUGCUGGUGGUGGUGGUUUCGCUUUGUUGCUGGCGAAAACCAGUGAAUCCGCCGAGGAGUUGAGGCGCUCACUCGUGUCGGUUUCUGGUUUUGAUGCUCAGAUUUACAGUUGGGAAAUCUGCUUGCAAUGCUAGUUCGGCAUGGUUCAUGUGACAUUCAUAGCAUGACUCGAGCCUCAUACGGUGCUCCGUUUGAAAAAUUGAUGGUUUCUUCCUCCCAUACCCCCCACACCCCAACCCCUAUGGCCUACAGUAGUUACUGUAGCCAACCGGCGAAGGGGAGGGGGCCUGGGGGUGCAGCAGGAGGGUAGGAACCAUCAAUUUUUCGAAUGAGGCACCGUAGGAAGCUCGGGUCAUGCUUUGAUAUUGCAUUCAAUGUCAUUUGAACCGCACCGAUGCUAGUUAUGCCUAGUUUUGGUUUGUAGGUAUGCUGGUUUAACUCUUUAUGACACUAUGGUGUGAUUGGUGUCAUAAUAUGACACCCAUUGUUCAUUUGGGAGUCCUACGAUGCUCUGUUCGAUCUUGAAAAGGGUUCCUCUCUUUGCCCUCACCAUGGGAAGCACCAAAAAUUCUCUUCUCUUAUGCUAAUGUUAUUUGUAAUGAGUAAUCAAACUUGUGCCACUAUACAAAUUUGUCUUAUUUACUCAGACAAGUUGAGUUUAAGAUGGUUUAGAAGUUUUCAUCUUGUAUAGAAAAAAAAGGGAACCAAUUUU